AUGAGCGAAAGCGUAACGAGUGUUGAUACCAAGUCGAGUCGACUUCCAAUCAGCACCAAGACGUGUGUGAUAAUUGGUUUCGUUUCCCUUUUAGCAUAUGGUGUUAGAUCGCACGCUUAUUGGACACUGUUGGUGGUUGUAUUCCCUCUUUUGAUAAUAGGGUUCUUACUGUUGAACCCGUAUUCAUACACUGCGACCUCCGUUGGGGACACCAACAAGAAACUCAGGUCCAGAUUUCCACGAUUGAAUUUCACGCGCACACCGAAUUGGAACAGAGAGCUGUUUGCAAUUGAAUACGAAGCGUCCUACGAACGUGUUAAACGGUUGUACCCAGAAAACUUCCUGGUGAGUGAUACGUUGCACAACUUGAUUGAGCUAAUUGUGCGAGAUUUUGUACGGUCGUGGUACUCGCGUAUCACGCCAGACGAACGAUUCUUGGUGGAACUCCAGGUGCAAAUCACCUGUAUUAUAGAACGAUUACAGCAGAGAUUGAGCGAGAUGGAUCUGAGCGAGUUUGUGGUCUAUCGUAUCCUGCCCAUCAUCACCGACCAUUACAACAAUUUCAUCGCAGCCCAUGACACCGUUAAGAACAAGAAGUCUGCUGGAAACAGAUCGUUCACUAAUACCUGGGAUAUGGACAAUAUCAUUGCGUCGAGCUAUAAUAAGGGGAAGCUGCAUCCUGCGGUGAAGUUGAAGAGCGUCGAUCCUGAAGAUGACAUUCAGCGAUGGCUGAGUCAGAUGAUCUCUAAGAUUUUGGUCCAUCUUGUUGACGAGAACGAGAUCCAGUCUCCGCCGGUGUUUGUGCUUCUUCGAGAGAUUCUUCAAAAAUGUGUGUUUUUGCAGAUUGUUCGACUGCUCUCUGAUCCUGAUUUCUACAACCAACUAGUUGAGAACAAACUGGGAUCUGCAAUGAAAGACCGGCUCGACGUGAAGAAGUUCAGAAACGCAUUGAGCAAGCACAGUAUGGAUAAUUUGAGAAACCCCCGUUCGCUUCUUUCCAAAGGACGACUCAGUCCUAAAAGCGAUACCGCAAAGUUCCACAGAGUCUUGCGAGAAAUCAAUCGGUGCGAGUCCGUGGCAGAUCUGAAACAGUACAAGUACUACGUCACUCUUCAGUUAAACAGAGCAGCAAGAAACGAUUCACCGCAGUACCAAACUUACAGAGAACGGCUGGCCACCGUUCACAAUAUGGCCGAGAAACAGCUACUUUAUCUUCUAGAGCCAUCUGGCACGCUCAUGGAACGCAGCAAGUCCGUGGUUGCUAAUCUGGAGAUCUCGCUUACAGAGGUGCUGAACGAUACGGCAAAACUGUCUAUUUUCACAGAGUUUAUGGAUCAAAGAAGGCGCACUCCUUUGUUGCAACUUUGGUUGGUUGUCAAUGGUAUGCGGAACCCUCUGGACGACGUGUACGACGUUUCUGUGGAGGAUAAUAGUGAAGACGAAGAGGAGAUGGAGUAUUCCAUGACAAUGGCACAAAGCGAAGACAUUUGCCAGAUAUAUGAACAUUUCUUCAAUAAUCCUUUGCUGAGGAUCGAUGCCAAGUGCUACGCAAUUGUUUCGCAGUUUGUGCAGUCACAGCCCCCGGAUCCUGUUCUGUACCACAAAGCUCGGAAGAAUAUUUUCAAGCUCCAGGAAAUGGUGUUUGAACGGAUGCAGAAAACCGACUAUGUUGCAUUCAAGCAGUCUGACUUGUACUUGAGACUUGUUGCUGCCGAAGAGCGACAUAAACUCAAGAGCGAAGGCCAGGAGUCGUUUUUGGAGGACGACGAGACUAAUGGCGAUCCGUUGGCAGACUAUCAGGAACAAGGCAAUGACGACCAGAAGGUGAGCGACGUGGUUUUGAAAGCAGUUGAGGACGUUUUAAACGAGCUUGCCAACGACGGCUCGGCACGUCCAGGACUGGAUCCUACCAAUUCUGCAUUUUCAUCGUCAGAAGACUUCUCGGAGGCGCCUUCCGGGGUGAGUACGCCUCGAAACUCCAGACUAUUGAGCAAAGACGUCCAGCGCGACCUGUUUGGAGAAACAGAUGACGGGAACGGACUGUUUGACGCAAAUUCUGAGCCAAUCGACGAGAAAGAGUCUAUAAAGUCGAUGAAGCUGUUUGACGAGGACGAAAGCUUUGACGAAGACGAAGUGACAAUGAGUUCUUCGCAGGAGCUGAAAUUGGCGGCUCCUGAGAAUCUUGAUUUGGGAGACGAAAUUGACAAGCUGAGCACGGAGAUCGAAAAACUCGAGCAACAGCUACACAUCAUUGAGCCGCUGUUGAACAAGGCCGAGAUCACCAACAACGUUUCUGAACUCAAGAUCCUGAGCAAGACGCAAACGAGUUUGAAGAAGGAAUUGCAGCUGAAAGAGUUGCAAAAACAGCAGUACAUUCUACAAGAGAACGAAAACACGUUGUAUGGCAACAGCAGAGUACGAAUACAGUCGUAUAUUAAUGGAAGCGAUGACGGAAAGGAAUACAUACUGUACAUUAUCGAGGUGCAGAAGUUGGCUGCGGAUUCCAGCGUGAUUGCGGGCUGGAUGGUGGCCAGAAGAUUCAGCCAAUUUUUCAAGCUCAACAACUACCUGAAGAACAGGUACCCUGAGGUGGCAGAUCUGGAUUUCCCCAAACGGAAGGUGGUGAUGAAGUUCCAGCAACGGUCGCUGAUUGUUGAGCGUCAACGGAAGCUGGAGCAGUAUCUGCAGUCGAUCAUCAAGAUCGAGAAAGUUUGUCAGGACAGGGUUUUCCGAAGCUUCUUGUCUUCAGAGCUGUUUGACACGAACGUGGAGGGGUCGUCGAAUGUGCUGCGCAACCUGGGCCGUCCAGGCAAAAGUGCCGUUAACAUGGCCUCCAAGUUGUACAACAACAUCUCCAGCCAGCUCCAGCUGCAGUACAAGACUUCUCCCGUGGACGACGGCCAGCAACCCAAUUUGGAGAUGGAGAAGGAACUGUCGAGUUUGGACGACGACAUGGACAGCCAGGCGAAGUCUGUUUCGUUUGUGCGGCCAAUCAGCGAGUUUCUGAUUAGCGUUUUCUGGUUAAAGAACUCGAUGGUUUGGCUGCGAGGCCGGGCUAUCAUUCUUGUUCUGCAACAGCUGCUGGGCUCGACGAUCGAGAAGAUCGUGCGGAUCAACGUCGAGGGCAAGCUCAAGGACUCUGCGACAGUCGGGAGCAUUUUGACCAUGUUGCAAGACACGCUCUGGCCAAACGGGUCGUUUAGGAAAUCUGGCACACCACGGACUUUGAUCGAGAAGGGACAGAGCAAACGACAUGCCAAGACUAUACUGGAGUUCUUCAUCUCCGACACCUGCUCGAAAGUGUUUGGGGCAGCGUGUUCGAAGCUUGCGGCGGAGACCACUUUCCAGUUACUGCAGAACCAGGUUCUCAAUAGACAUUUGGUGUUGACGAUUCUUCAGGAGACUUUGGAGGCGCUUUUCCCCGAGAUCGAGCAAUGA